CUGAGCUCGACGCUCUCCGCCAUAUAGUUUCUCAAACCAAAGGAUUUUAUGCGCGCGACUACAGCCUCUGGUUAGGCUGGAAUAAUAUGCGAUACAUCAUCGAGGCAGCGGUCCUCCACGGACGUAUUCUAAACCGUACCACAAUCAUCCCCUCUUACGUGUACGCUCGUGCCUGUGAAUUCGACAAUUCCGUAUGCGCUGCAUAUGCUACCAUGGUCAAUAGGGGGGACGCAACCAGCACGGACGAAUGGCGCCAACUCCCCCUAGAAAAACAAAUGGCUUGGAGAAUACCCGUGUCUCUCAUGUUCAACUUGACCCACCUGCGUGAGACGCAUGCAGUCAUCACAGUAUCUGAAUACCUCCGCUUGCACAACAUUUCGGCUGAUGUGGAAACCACCAACGGACGCUGGGAUACCGAUUUAUAUCACCGCGGCGUCAACAUAUUCUCUGAUAGUGGGGUGGAACCCAGCCUCUACGUUAUCAAGAAUGAGUUGUACGAUGCCGAUAUCGUUCGGGUUGAUCAACUGCCACAAACCAUGCGGGAGAGGGGGGGAUGGAACGUCACUCAUGGACAAGUCGGGUCUUGGACUAUCACAGAAGAGACCCUUCUAUCAAAGGCGUUGCAUGAUGCAAUGUCAUCCAGAGCAUCGGUUCUCGAUUGGGACACUGUCCUCAUAGUUGUGGGAGAUCGUCAUGACCAGAAUGAAACCGAGUCAUCAUCAACUAGCAGUAUCGCAAAUACACUGGAAGAGAAUGGCUGGGAAGUGCUUUACACUUACGGCGGCGCCUGUGGCUCAGAAGCAGCGAAAGAUGUCGCGGUUCCAAUCCGACAAGCAGCCCCGCGAAACUUACUGCGUGGAUUGUACGAAGACUUUGGGUUCAUAGAGCAAGAUGUACUUCUCCUCGAAGGUGAAGUUCAUUUGGGACGGAAGCCGGGUGCUCUCAAGUUCAGCACCUUAGAAAGUCGAGAAAGAUACACGCAAACAGUCCUCUACGACUUUCGUCUCACAGACAAUGUGGUCGAACUGGCUGAUAUACUGUCUAACCGCAUGGUCGAGAAGGCUGGUGGACGGAUGUGGAUGGGAGCUCAUAUGCGACGGGGGGAUUUUGCGACGUUGAAUUGGACUAUGGAACCGAGUUUCGAAGCUCAUCUCGCCCGGAUCAAGCGCCACCUACGCGACGGGCGUGAUAUCCUACAUUUUGUGCAUCGGGGGCCUCUCUACACGUACAAGGUUCCCCUUGGUAAAGCCGAUCGCACGCCCCUACUUCUAGAUCCUCCAGCAGAUCAUGACCAAUUCUACAUCGCCACUGACGAACGCGAUCCCACGAACCUCACAUACCUGCGUAAUCAAGGUGCCGUUUUGAUUUCGGACCUGCUAACGACAGACGAUCGACGAACCUUUGGAUGGUCUCUGAUGCUCACCGACGUCCUCAGUGUGGUUGAGCAGGCAACCCUUGCUCACGCAGCGUACUUCUAUGCCCAUGCACAUAGUUCGGUGGCCGGUGGUGUCGUGAAUCUUCGUGCUUCUCAUGGAGCUGAUCCCCGAACUGCAUUGCUAGAGACUUGAUAAGUUUAGCAUAUUUCAGCAUACUAUGAUAGACUAGAUAUAAUAUGUGAUUAUAAUAACUCAGGUAAUAUGUUGGAGUUAAUGAUGAACCAUACCUAAAUAAUGUAACGGAU